CUUUUUCAUCAUUCGAUGCACCCGCUGGUCGUCACGGCCAAGAACGACCUCGGGAAGCUUUCCAUCCUGCACAGAGGAAUCGCACUAGCCGCAUGCGACCCUGAGUGCUCCGACGCCGACUACCUCAAGUUUGACCGCCUAUGGAUGACAGCAGACCGCACCCUGCGGAGCCGUCUCUUUCCCGUCUUCCUCGUCAUAUUCGACCCCGCUCGAAUACCACCCGCCGCCGAAAUUGAAGACCCGUCUCCGACAACGAAAAACCAGCUCCGCCACCUAUUGUGGCUUCUCGCGCACAAGCCGAAGGAGCUCCCCGAGGGUGUAUUCGACAUCUGCGCGUUCUUCAUCGCCUGGAUGGACUUUCUGUACACCUUCCAAGACUUCUUGGUGCCUUUAAAGGAUGUGGUCGUUCUGGGAAACAGAACGACGUUGCCGCCAAAGCCUGGGCUCCUGGUAUCGCUUGUUCGAUGGGGCCGGGAUGUAGAGCUGAAGUGGGGGCAAAAACUAGGUUUCGAUCCUGUGCGAAUCAACGAAAACCUUGGCCCGACUAAGGUGUUCUGGACGUCGCCGGUCUAUCUUCGGCGGCUUGUUGACGCGUGGUUAUGGAUCGUGGAGCAGCCCAAGCUGGAUGUAAUCCUCCUCUUCGACUGUAUUGGCAUGUUUCCGUACAUUCUGGACCAAGCGCAGCUGGAUGCUCUGCUCGAGGCUGCCGGAACGGUGGACAACCUAGUGCGACUCGUCAAACGACACCUGACGCUGGUGGGGGCCAUUCCGCCGCAGUCGCGAAUCGACGGUGCCAUAGCACUCUCUUGUCGGCCCCUCGAAAUUUUGGCCCAAGCCGAUAAGCUACUGGUAGCGGCCAACCCAAAUAAUCCCAUCACAGCAGUCGCCACCAGCUUGGUCUCACACCACAUCUUCCCGCAGGUCAUCGAGGUCCUUAACAACACCGUCCUGCAUCCGAAAACAGCAGCUGUCGCGGCAGAUCAUCGGGACCACGAGUACUGGCUGCGAAGCUUUCGUUCUGUAAUCGGGGUAACAAACAUUAUUGUCGGGGUCGGGCCACGCCCACUCCGAAUGGCGCUCCGUCACGAUAUCAUCCCGUUGCUACUUCGCGCCGUGCUGCACAUGCAUGACGGUCCACUCAAAUCGAACCUCCGGCGCCUGCUCGAAAUCCACAUCCCAUCCGGCGCUUCGUACACCAGCAUGCUGCCUCUGGUCACGGAGUUGAUCACAACCGUCGAAGCCUCUCCGUUAGCGCGCGUGCUGAAUCACUCGGAGUAUGAGCUGGCACCGGUUUGGGCCCACCUCAAGAGUAGUGCGUCGUUCUACAAUGAAGUCUCCGACUCGCUCGCCCAGUCCGACAGGUUGGCUGCUUGCGAUAAUCCACCAUGCGGCCGGAUUGAUAAGAGAGAGCGGUUCCGGCGGUGCUCAGGCUGCGCUUUCCGCAUGUAUUGCUCCUCCGCCUGCCAAAAAACGGAUUGGCGCACGGGAGACCAUCGUUCCACAUGUAGCGCGACCAGGGCUGAAUACGCUAAGGUCCGGGCCCUCUUCUCGAAACGCCAGCUUGCCUUGUUCCGCCUGGCACUCGACACAUUCUACCGCGAGAAUGCGGGCGCGUUCCACUGCAUAAGCGCGGUGCACCGCCGGGCCAUCGGCAAAGAGCAAGCUACGGCGGGCCACGAUCCACGCGCCGUUAUCAUUGCGACGACCAGCUUUCUGGGGGGGAAACCAGAGUUAAACGACGUCCUGAUCGAACCUGCGCUGACUAACCAGGAGCACAUGCACCUUCCGAACAUCGACGACUGGAUCAGCCGCGCGCGGCGCAGCAACGGCCGACUUGCAAUCCAUGUUGUCACACUCCCGGUUGGCGUCGACCGCUACUCUCUCGUGUGUCCUCUGCGCAUGAACAUGUCAGUGCUGGAGGAUUUUGCGCUGCGCAUUGCGCACAGCGCUCCGCCGCUCGAUGAGCAGACGCAGGGCAGUAUUCGCACAAUGCGGAGGACUUUUGCGGCUUGUGUACCGCCCUCUGAAUUGUUGGUAGUCCAUCAAUGA